AUGACAACCAGACUUCUUGCCUCAUUUAAUGUCUUGGACAACCACUCCAAGAAAGUCCUGGAUGGGCAUGCAAGGAAGAGUCGUCUGCUGAGCCAUGCCCCCCGAUGCUGCUGUGCCUCCUGCAGGAAGCCAGACCUGGUCCUGCCUCUGACUGUCAACUGUGACUGGGACUUUGAGUUCCCCAACGCUCGCAGGACCCCCAUCUCCAAACACAAGACCACCACUGACAUCAACGUGGAGCAAGAGUUUCUGCACAACAAAUUACGGGUAUCAAAGCCAGCAACAGCAGCCUCGUCCACCACAGAAGACUUUAGCUGCAAACUGAAGGAGGCCGUCGGCCGCAGAGUGAGCGUCUGCACCUUCUCCAGCCCUGAAUACCUUCCCUGGAGGAUUGGACACAGGACAGGAGAAAGCAGAGGUGGAGGAAGGUUGAAAAGGAAGAGUGUGAGGGACGGGCAGCGGCAUACUCCAGUGACUGACAGCCAGAGAGAGGAAGUGUCUCCUGUAAGUGAUGAUGUCACAGCAGACUGUGUUUCUCUCAGCCUAUCAGAGGAGCUGAAGAGAAAGAAUGUGAGAGUCCUGAUCCCUCGACCCCCUUCAGUUUACCUCCCUCUGCCGAUAGUCAGUGAGACAUACCCUGUGGUGUGCAACAGUGAUCCGUACCAACACAAGCCCUUCACCUCCUCUGGACACCACUUCCUAGAAGACCCUAAUCCCAACCUUAACCAUAGUCCCAACCUCAGCAGGACCACUCUCCACUCUGCUAUCGUCCGCAUCACUGACUCCCUGCAGGCAGACAUAAUGGUGAGGGAGAGGAGAGAGAAAGAAGGGGUGAGAUGGGAGAAGGGCGAGGUGAAAGGGGAGAGGGAGGAGAGAGGGAGGGAAAAAGAGAGAGAAAGGGAGGAGAAACAGGGUGUGGCAGGGCCCCACAGUGUGAGCCUCUGGGUUCUGUCUGCUGAUGGGAGGGUUGGUAAGGCCUCAGAACUGGGACAACUCCCGCUGCAUAGCAACCAGCUGCCCCCCCCUCCCUCAAGCAGGGCCCAUCUCCUCCCCUCUCCUCCCCCCAGGCAGAAGCGAGGCAGCUCCACUGCUGUGGGUCCUGUGCUCAAUGGGAUGAACCCUAAAAUGUCAGAGCCUCUGAUUGGCCCUCCAAACUACUUCAGACCACUCCCCUCUGGAACCAGCAAGCGGCUUCAGACAAGCUCUCUCAGGGAGCCAAUCACAGGUCAGAUGGACUUCCUGUUCAUCUCCAAGCCGCUGAAGCAUCAUCAUGAAGAGAGCAUGAGUCCGCUGGUUGCCAAUCAACGGGCCAGUAGGGAGGAUUGGCGGUUGGGCCAGAGGCACUUGGUGAUGCUGUCAGAGGAAAUAGAUGUAGAGAACAUCAGAGUUUACGGAGUCCGCUUCUUCCUGUCCCAACUCGGGAACAAGACCCCACGGCAUUCCACCUCCCUCUAUCUCUCAGAACAUCACUCACACACACAUGUCAAAACCAAUUCCCUUUACGACUCAGGCAUGGAACACACACUGAAAACCUGCUCCUCUUAUGAGUCUGGCUCAGAACACACACUGAGACCCAACUUCCCCUUCGACCCUCAACAGGCUAUCAGCAUCCCUACAGCAGAGAAUGUUUUCUUAGCAUGAACUGAGAGUAGGACUAUAUAUUAUCUAGCUAGCUAUAUAUUCUAUAACAUAGAAAUAACGUUUUUUUUUUUUUUUUACAAUAAAUUUGGACUGCAAACUUCA